GAGGUCUCCGUUGUUGUUUUUCUGUAAGUGGAGAGAGACGAGAGACGCUGCAUGUCUCUGUCCUCCCUCUCUCCGAGCCGUGCUCCUCUGAUUUAUUUUGAGGUGGUCUCGUAUCACAGCUGUCGUAUCUGCGGUGGCAGCCUGGCCCGAGCCCCUCGACACUCUUCCUCUUCCCCCACUGGCCCUUGGUCCUGCUCUAGCUCAGAAUAAUGGAGGCUUGUCCGGAGAGCAGCCCUGCUACCGCCGGUCCCGAGGCGUCGCCAGCCCAGGGUCAGCACAUUGACCUGACAGAGGACCUGGCCCAGCAGCUGGAGGACAUCAUUAGCACCUACCAGGCUGCAGAGAUCCCCGCUGAGCCAGAGGACACGGAGGAGGUCACGGCCAUCAAAGAGUCGGACAGCCGCAAGGACCAGAAGCUGGAGAAGAAGAUGCUCAAGAACCUAGGGAAGGAAGCGAUGCUGCUGAUGCAAAGCCUGAACAAACUGGGCUCCCCGGACAAGAAGCUGGAGGCCAUCAUCAAGAAGCACGCCGAGCUGUUGGAGGAGCACCGCAGUGAUCAGAAACAGCUGAAGCUUCUGCAGAAGAAGCUGCUCCAAGUGCUGAAGGAGAAGGACCAGCUGCAGAGCGAGCACAGCCGCACCGUGCUGGCUCGCAGUAAACUGGAGGGGCUGUGCCGAGAGCUGCAGCGGCACAACAAGACCUUGAAGGAGGAGACGCUGCAGAGGUGCCGAGAGGACGACCUGAAGAGGAAAGAGAUCACCACCCACUUCCAGGGGACGCUCAGUGACAUCCAGGCCCAGAUCGAGGAGCACAGCACCCGCAACACCAAGCUGUGCCAGGAGAACAGCGGUCUGGCGGAGAAACUCAAGGGGCUCAUUUCACAGUACGACCAGCGAGAGGCGAACCUUGAGAAGGUCUUCAAACACAGAGACCUGAAAGAAAAGCUGCUGGACACCAAACUCGCGCAGGCAAACAUGAUCCUGAAGGAGACCGAGGAGAAGCACAAGCUGGAAAAGGAGCUUCUGCUGAAAAAGGCGGCGGAGUUUAAAUUGCAAGUGAAGGUCAUGAAGGAGCAGGAGAUCGAUAUGAAGACCCAGCUCGAGAUGUACUCCCAGAAGUUCGAUGAAUUCCAGGGCACGGUAUCAAAGAGUAACAGCGUCUACAGCGGCUUCAAGCAGGACAUGGACAAAAUGGCCAAGAAAAUGAAAAAGCUGGAGAAGGAGUGCCAGUCAUGGAAGACUCGCUUUGAUGGCUGCAACAAGAGUCUCGUUGACAUGGUGACAGAUAGAACGAUCAAGGAGAAGGAGUUUGAGCUGAUCACUGUCAAGAACCAGAAGCUCGAGAAUCUGUGCAGGGCUUUGCAAGAGGAGAGGAAGGGUCUUUAUGAUAAGGUGCAGGGAGCUGGAAGUCAACCAGAGGUCCACACUGCUGCACCGACAGAGGAGGAGGAGGUCCCCGAGGUGAAGGAGACCGCCAAAGACGCAGACGAUGACCACCCAGUCCAGAACCCCGCCACCCCCGCCCCCGCCGCGCCCGCUGGGACCCCGACAAUCGAAACUCCACUGAACAAGGAACUGGCCAAACUGAAAGCCGAGCAGGCCCGUCUGAAGGAGAUCGCCAGUUCUUUCACAAUCUCUCACACUAUACCAAGUGAAACAGACGCUGGCCAGGAACAGGGACAGUGUGACGGCGGCCAGGAGCCCGAGCAGAACCACAUAGAGGAGAGCAACGGCGAACAACUGCAGGAAGGCGAGCAGGAUGGACACCAAGAACAGAGAGAUUUGGAAAUCGAGUCGGUUGAUUAAUGCUGCAACUGCUGUGAAGAAGAAGAAGAAGAAGAAGAAGAAGAAAAAAAAAACUAGGUUCAUGUGAGAUUCACAGCAAUAAAAUGAAAAAAAUGUUGGCUUUAA